AUGUGCUCAAAGGAUUGGUUCCCUGGCUGUGGCCGUGAGCUACGCAGUUUCUACUUUCCCUACAUUCAGGGCGACUACUUUCCCACAGAGCCAUGGGACAUUCAGCGCUACAUCCAGCAAUUGCUUCAAGUGCUUGAUGCCCUACACCGUCGCGAAAUCGUCCAUUGCAACAUCAAACGCGCCAACGUGCUCUAUUCUCAUGGCAAGGUGACCUUGAUUGAUUUUGAGUCAGCAGUGUAUGAGCGUGAGCUGGUAAACAUGGAUGGUGUAAAGUACAAAGGAAAUGACAGAUACUAUGCUCCAGAAGUGUUCGAGCGUCAGAUGGGACACAACAAACAUGGCCGACGGGUUUUCUAUGGGCACAGGCGAGAUGUGUAUGGUGCAGGCAUCAUCCUGGCCGAGUUUUUGCUGGGAUAUGGUCCUAGUGAAUACAUCCUAACGCAUGAUUUGUCACGGAGGAGGUUCCGUCGGGCGUUGGGAGGUAGCCAAGGGACUAUGCCAGACGCUCUGAAUGGUUUGCGGCUCUACGGAAGUCUCGAAGACUCCACAUUCAAUUUGCACCUGAGGCGUCAUAGUGAAUUGUCUCUUUUGUUCCUGGACUGUUGGUAA